ACUUCCGAAGUGGGAGGAAGUUCGACUGAUGUUCUAUGGUGUCUCUGCUGUAUCCUCAGUGUACAUCACGAUCAAACACUGUCCCAUCUGCGCCAAGUGCCUGCGCUCUCCAGCAUGAACCGAAAAAGAAACCACUGCUAUUUGGAAACAGGGCCUUCCUCGGAGUCCCAGUCUGCGUUUCUGGACAACACAAGGUCCUUCAGCCGAGACGAGGAUUUCUCCGAGCUCGAGCCCGACGAGCAGCUGGUGUGCUCGGUGACCGAGAUCACGGAGCACCUGGGCAGGAACAUCACGGUGGUGCUGGAGUCCGCGCUGUCCGAGAUACGCAAGCUGGUCAGCGUCCGGAUCAGAGUCCUGAAGAUGGAGCUCCGCGAGAAAACCGACGAGAUCGAGCUGCUGAAAGCCAAGCUGGAGUCGACGGAGAAAGACGGGAGGGUUUCUAACUCAAGCAGCCUGGACUUCAGGAAAGCAGAGCAUCAAACGGGCCAGAAAUACAGCGCCGAGCCGAAGAAAGCCAAACCCGGGACGCCCGUGGUUAAGAAGGAGAACAUCAACGCGAUCUGCGACUACCUGAUGAAGGAUAAGAACCAGCGGGGUGCUGCUGAAGUGGAGAGCGACCACAGCAAUCAGGCCUUUGGGUCCGAACGGGACAUGCGGACCGAACCGCAGCCGCACGCCUCUCUGAGCCUGUGGACGGACAGCGGUCCCGCGGACACCGACGCUGACUCGGACAUUUUCAGCAUGCUGCCAUCCGCCAGCAAGCGCAUAUAUGACUACGAGUGGAUGACAGGGGUCGAUCUCAACUCAGCUGAGUUUAAAGGUGAUACUGAAACAAAAUGCGAAGAUGUUCCCACUGUGGAUGAGGAGGAUGACACUGAAGACUCUGAAGGAGGGAGAGGAAGUUUGAGGUCAGUGUCUGAUCAUUUUCCUCUGGACACUCAGGGCUCCCCGCGGGAAGACAGGAGCAGCCCAGCGGAGGACAGUGUUGAGCCAGGUCAGCAGUUCUCCUCUCACACCUUCAUCUGCCCCUUCUGUGGAACUCUUUGCCCUGACUCCUCUUUCCUGGAGGAGCACAUCAAGCUCAUGCAUCAUGACGAGAGCACUCUGCAGUCGGCCCCAGGCGGUUCUUCCUCUCAUGCAGAGGGUGACUCAGGCCGAGCUCUGGGAGGCCCAGAAAGACCUGUAGGCCGGGGCGCACGGGAGAAGAAAGUGGAGGGUGGCUAUGAGUGCGGCGACUGCGGCCGUCAUUUCAACUAUCUUGGCAACUUGCGGCAGCACCAGCGCAUCCACACCGGCGAGAAGCCUUUCGUUUGCCCUGAGUGCGGAGAGCGUUUCCGGCAUGCCGCGCGUCUUAAGAGCCACCGUCUCAGCCACAGCGGAGCCCAGAGCCCCUUUCCCUGCCCCCAGUGCGGUAAGGGCUUCCCAGUGCUGUCCGGACUGAAACGCCACCAGCGCGUGCAUACGGGAGAGAGUCCAUACGCUUGUCCUCAAUGCGGCCGCAGAUUUAAAGAGCUGGGCAACUUGUAUACACACAUGCGCAUUCACAGCGGCGCUACGCCCUAUUCUUGCUACCAGUGUGGGCGGAGCUUCAGGCAUCUAGGCACAUAUAAGAGUCAUCGCUGUAUGCCGGCUACACAGUUAGCCAGUGGGCACAGUCCAGCAUGGGCGCAGGAAGACAAGGUGCAAACCGGGUAACAUCCUGGUGACAGAUAUGUUCAAAAAGUGGUUCGUUACUUUCUCGACUGCUGGUUCAGGAUCAGUUUCAAGUCUGAGAAAAAAGCUCGGCCGAGGAAAGAUGUGAGAGAGGCCAUUAAGACGAUAAAACAACAUCAGGUUUCAGCAUAAACGUGAAGCUGUAUGAUUUAGCGCAUCUUGUUCAUUCAAGUUAGUUCAUGCCAUCUUUAAUGCUAACUUGCUGCUCGUUAAAUGUUUGUUUUUGAAACAUUUUGCAAUAAUUUCUUCCAGCGUCAAACAUAAAAGGUGUUUGAAUAUCCGUACACAGUAUUUUAAGACUUGAUGUGAUUUAAUUAAUUGUUUUAAAUCAAAACUUUUUUCUAAAAUGUAUUUCUGACUCUGUCUAGAAGCAGAUAACAGGGUCCCAAGGACUUACUAAAACUAAUUUAACAAUAGCGUGUCACUCUUACAACUAAGCACCAUGGUGUCAGAUUGUUAUACAAUGCUACUUGGAUCUAUACCUAUUGUGUUGAAUAAUUACCAUAUUCAUAUAACAUAUGUACACUGCCAUUCAAAAGUUUGGGGUCUGUAUGAUUUUUUAAAUGUUUUUGAAAAGUCUCUCAUGCUCCUUUAUUUUCUUAAAAAUACAGUUUAAACAGUAAUAUUGAGAAACUUUUCUAUUUUAAUAUAAUUUAAAAUGUAAUUUAUUCAUGUGAUGGCAAUUUUGGCUUAAUAUUUGGUGGUACUUUUUUUUAAUCAGGAUUCUUUGAUGAAUAAAAGUUUGAAAAGAACAGCGUUUAUUUGAAAUAGGUAACAUUAGAAACAUCUGUAUCUGUACCAUGUGUACAUGAUACUUCAAAGAAUACCUUGGUAUGUGUCCAAAUCCAGCCCAAUUAGUAUGCAUUAAGUCUGAAAAUACCUGUGAAUAUAAAACAGGAAAUCAUUUGUAUAGAUUUCUAGAUCUGCAAGUUACGUGCUAAUUGUUAACUGUUAUUAGGGUUGCCCAGAAUGUAACUAAUGUAACACCAUUUAAUACAACUUAAAGUUGGUUUAGCAACUCAAAAUCAUGGUAUUGAAAAAUCAGGUAGUUUAAAAUGCAUUCCAGUGUAAUUUUGAACAGAUUACAAACCUGUAGUCACGGGCGCGAGUGCUGCCAUCGUGUGGAGGACUUCUGUUACUGCAUCACCGCGACACUCAGUGGAUCUGUGUUCAAUUUGUUCGAAUUAUGUGAUCGCACUAUUAACACUUUUUUUUUAUUUAUAUUAGUGAAUUUGCUUAUGUACGUCUACCUGUAUUUUAACAACUUAUAAGUUUGAAAAAAAAAAAUAUACCUGAACGGAAACAAUAUGGAUUUAGAAAAGAUGUGUUAUUCUGAAAUGAACUUGGACACAUUUAAUGGAAAUGACUGUAUGAAUACAAGAAAUCCAUCCGAUUCAUUUUAACACUACUCAGUAGCGGUGAUCUCAAAAUAUCCUGAAUAUUACUGAUUAAAUAGCACAAAAAAAAAAAAAAGAAGUACAAUUUGUAAUUUCUCAGUGAUAGCUUUGAAUGAUCUGUACAAGGCAAACUGAACUGUAACUAAUAAAUACUCUUAAGAUAUG